AUGUCUAAGCUCUACAACGUCCCACCCGAGGAGUCGGAGCCCGUCGUCACCUCGCACAUCAACGGCUCUACCGAAGAGAUCCUCGCACGAUACUGCAUCACCGAGCUCUGCAAAGGCUGGCCCGUCUACCGCGAUGCCUCGGAGUGGCAGAACUACCGCUCUUUGUUCACCAAGGAGGGCGCUUAUGUCUGGACCACCUGGUCCGGCGGUCUCUCCAUCCAAGACUUCAUCGACGUCUCGAUCAAAGGGCGCGCCAACGGCGACUUCAUCAUGCACCGGGAGAACGGCACGCUCGCCAACGUCAACCUGGCCAAGCAGCGCGGCAUCGGCAAGAUGAAGGCCACCAUCACGCAGCGCGUGCUCCUCAAGGGCAUCCCCGUCGACGUCGAGUGCGACUGCCGCUUCAUCUUCUUCUGCAAGAUCGAGGACGGCGAGUGGAAGGCCCAGUUCGUCAAGCUCUUCUACGAGAAGGACAAGGUCGUCCCCGUCGACGGCAAGACCGUGCCGGAUUUCCCCAAGGAGGAGCUCCAGAAGUAUACCGAGGGCUAUCAGUAUUUGGGCGCGGCGCAGGCGACGCUGGGACACAAGAUUCUGCAAGGCCUACCGAAUGCGAACAACAAGGGCUGGUAUGAUAUGUAUGCCGCCAUGGCGGAUUGGUUGCAGGGCAAGGAGGUUGAUCUGUUCUGGGAGCACAAGUAA